AUGCAUCUCCACGACCCCCCGAAUCUCCCCACGGACCCUGCCUCUACACCGAUCAACAUCAACAUCAACAUCAGCAACAUCAACCCGACCAAUCCGACGACCCCGCCGCAACAAUCCCAUCCUCGUUCGGAGCGACGACGACACCGACGACCGCUCUACUUCGCCUACGGCUCGAACCUCUCCCCCUCCCAGAUGGCCACUCGCUGCGUGCACAGCCCCGCGUCCUCCGUGCCCCUCGCCAUCGCGCGUCUGCCGCACUGGCGCUGGCUCAUCUGCGAGCAGGGGUAUGCGAACGUUCUCCCGCCGCCGGAGAUGCGCGUCGGGCCGCAGACCGGGGUGCAGGACGAAGAGGUGCCCGUUGCUGGGGCGGAGGAUGCGGUCUACGGGGUGCUGUAUGCGAUGGACGAGAGGGAUGAGAGGCUGUUAGAUGGGUUCGAGGGGGUGGAUUGGGAUGCGCCGGCUGCGGUGGCGCCCCCGGCGCUGAGUGUCCGGCCACGGGAGCAGGGGCAGGGAGACUACAAUAAGUGGGUGGUGGAGGCGGAGGUGGUGCAGUGGUUGGAGGGUAAGAGUCAUGAUGGUGGCAGCGGCAGCGGCAGCACUGUACCAGUAUUGGUGUAUGUGGAUGAAUUGAGGGUCAAGUUGGGCCCGCCCAAGGAAGAGUACAUCCCACGGAUGAACCGCGCUAUUCGGGAGUCGGUCGCUCUGGGGCUUCCGGAGAAGUGGGCGAAUGAGGUUAUGAGGCCGUCUAUCCCUCGCAGCUGA